AUGGAGGAGGCAGAGUGGAUGCAGAGGCGGCCCAAGUCCGAGGACCUAAGGGUUGGGCUCAUCAGCUGGGCAGGAACCUACCUCACUUUUGAGGCUUAUAAGAAUACGGUCACUGCUACAGCAAAGGGCUUGGGCAAGAGACAGAUGUGGGAGCUCCUGGUGAGCAAUGAACAAGAGUCACAGGCAGUGGUUCGACUCAGAAGCCUGCAGGGCCUCUGCCUGCUGUCGGACGGUGAUGGCUCUGUGUGCUACGGGAGGCCCAGGAACAGCCACCAUGGGUGCUUCCUGCUGCGUUUCCACCGGAACGGUAAGUGGACCCUCCAGUGCAUGAUCACUGGGCACUACCUGGAGUCGGACGGCAAGGAUGUGUUCUGCAAAUCGAGGGUCCUCUCAGCUUAUCACAUGUGGACUCCGCGGCCAGCCCUGCACGUCCACGUGACCCUCUACAGCCCCCUCAACCGCUGCUACGCACGGGCGGACCCCACUGUCGGCCGAGUCUGGGUGGACACUCCCAUUCCCUGUCUAAAGGAGUGUGGCUUCCUGUUGCAUUUCCAAGAUGGCUGCUAUCACCUGGAGACCUCGACACACCUUUUCCUGUCCCACUUGGACCGGCUGGUCUCCCAGCCCUCAUCUCAGACCAUCUUUCACAUGCAAGUGCGGCCUGGAGGGCUGGUGGCGCUGAGCGAUGGAGAAGGGGGCAUGCUCUACCCACAGGGCCCACGGCUGCUCCUAGGACUGGGCUCCAGUCCCUGUCGGGGCGAGGAGUGGUUCAUCUUACAACACUGUCCAGCCUGGGUCAGCCUCAAGUCAAAGGCACGGAAGUUGGUCUCUGUCUUCUACGAUGUUGAGGUGUAUGCUGCCUCGGAGCACUUAACCCCAAUGGCCAUGUUCCAGUUUGAAUGUGACAGGGAGACCCCCACUCUGCAGCUUCGUUCAGUCAAUGGCUACUACCUAGCCCAGACAGAUGACCACAUGGUCAAAGGUGCAAGUGAAGUGUGA